GUGUAACUAUACUCUGCGCCACUGAAAUUGCUCGACUUGCUGAAAGAAUGAAACCUUGAAAACCCCACCUGGUUUUUCUUGUUCUCAAACAAAGUCACUCCCAUUCAGUCGAUGUGUUUCUUGUUCUGUGCAGACCUGACAGUGUAUGGAUGAGUAUAACCAACAUGCUGUGAAGUGUAAAAGCUAACAAGCCAUAUACACUACAGAUCAAGUUGUUGCUGAACAGGUUCAACCCUUCAUGUGAAAGUGAAAGCAGUGGACAUUUCCUGUCUCUCGGAGGUGAAAUGGCGCAGCGAGGAAUUCAGAUGGACCGGGAAAAACUCUGCUGUUCCAUCUGUUUGGAUCUACUGAAGGAUCCAGUGACUAUUCCCUGUGGACACAACUACUGUAUGAGCUGUAUUAAAAGUCACUGGGAUCAAGAGGAUCAGAGGAGGAUCCACAGCUGUCCUCAGUGCAGACAGGAUUUCAUACCAAGACCUGUCCUGGUGAAAAACACCAUGUUAGCAGAGUUAGUGGAGGAACUAAAGAAGACUGGACUCCAAGCUGCUCCAGCUGAUCACUGCUAUGCCGGACCUGAAGAUGUGGCCUGUGAUUUCUGCACUGGGAGAAAACUGAAAGCUGUCAAAUCCUGUCUGCAGUGUCUGGUCUCUUACUGUGAGCAGCACCUCCAGCCUCACUAUGAAUCUCCUGCCUUUAAACAACAUAAACUGGUCGACGCCUCAAAGAAGCUCCAGGAGAACAUCUGCUCUCGUCAUGAUGAAGUGAUGAAGGUUUUCUGCCGCACUGAUCAGCAGUGUAUCUGUUAUCUCUGCUCCAUGGAUGAACAUAAAAGCCACGACACUGUCUCAGCUGCAGCGGAAAGGGCUGACAAGCAGGGAGAUCUCAUACUGAAUCAGCAAAAAAUCCAGCAGAGAAUCCAGGACAGAGAGGAGGUCGUAAAGGUGCUUCAGCAGGAGGUGGAGGCUACCAAUCGCUCUGCUGAUAAAGCAGUGAAGGACUUUGAUGAGAUCUUCACUCAGCUGAUCCGUCUCAUGGAGAAAAGAAGCUCUGAUCUGAAGCAGCAGAUCAGAUCGCAGCAGAAAACUGAGGUCAGUCGAGUCAAAGCGCUUCAGGAGAAACUGCAGCAGGAGAUCACUGAGCUGAAGAGGAAAGAUGAUGAGCUGCAGCAAAUGUCACGCACAGAAGAUCACAUCCAGUUCCUACACAAUUACCCAUCGCUUUCAAAUCUCGCUGACUCUCCAGACUCACCCAGCAUCAAUAUCCGUCCUCUGCGAUACUUUGAGGAUGUGAUGGCAGCUGCGUCAGAAGCCAGAGACAAACUCCAGGACAUUCUUAAAGAGGAAUGGACCAAGAUCUCACUGACUGUGGCUGAUGUGGACAUUUUACUGCCGCCAGCAGAGCCCAGGACCAGAGCUGAAUUCUUAAGAUAUUCCCAACAAAUCACACUGAAUCCAAACACGGCAAAUACACGGCUGCUAUUAUCUGAGGGGAAAAGAAAAGCAACAGUGACGUUUGAAGAACAUUUUUAUUCUCCUAACCUGGAAAGAUUCAUCCACUUGUUUCAGGUCCUGAGCAGAGAGAGUCUGACCAGACGUUGUUACUGGGAGGUGGAGUGGAGUGGGUUACAAGUUUCAGUAGCAGUCACAUACAAGGACAUCAGCAGAACAGGAGAUGAAAGUUUGUUUGGAAACAAUGAUAAGUCUUGGGCUUUAGCAUGUUUCAACAAAAGUUAUGAAUUCAGACAUGACAGCAUCAGCACUCUCGUCUCAGGCCCUCAGUCCUCCAGAGUAGGAGUGUACCUGGAUCACAAAGCAGGUGUUCUGUCCUUCUACAGCGUCUCUGAAUCCAUGACUCUCCUGCACAGAGUCCAGACCACAUUCACUCAGCCUCUCUACGCUGGACUUUGGUUUGUUGGUGCAGGAUCCACUGCUGUUUGUUCCGCUCAGCUCUCCUUAUGUUGAUGUUUCUGCAGCGCACUUUCCGGAGAUCACCUGUCAAUCUAACUGUGUGGUGCGGAGCUGUGACGUCUUUAAUGUUCUGUUGAUUUGGUUUGAGUCUCUGUAGGUGGCUAUCUACAACAUUUUAAUGUUUUUGAAUGAAAUGUAUUCAACCAGAUUGCAGAGGGAACAACAACAACAACAACAACAACAAAAAAAAUAGAUAUAUUAAAAAAUGAAAACCUUGAAAUUAAAAUCCUAAAAUCUG